AUGAGCGGAAAGGAGCGUGCCGUGGUACCAAUUGAAUCAAACCCUGUAGUUUUUACAGAAUUUGCACACAAAUUAGGCUUACAAAAGGAAUGGGCAUUUUUCGAUAUAUAUAGCUUAACAGAGACUGAAUUAUUGGCAUUUUUACCAAGGCCAGUAAAGGCCAUCGUGCUGCUAUUCCCAAUAAAUGAAAAGGGCAAUUCAACUGUUAACGACCAAAGUUCAAAGGCAAGAAGUACAGAUGUUAUAUGGUUUAAACAAUCAGUCAAAAACGCGUGUGGUUUGUAUGCAAUCCUUCAUUCAUUGAGCAAUAACCGGUCAUUGUUGGAACCAGGAUCCGACUUGAUAAAAUUUCUAGAAUCUCAAAGUAACAGUGCAACUCCGAGAACUAUGUUUGAUGAUGCAAUCGCUGAUCAAUUUGUCUUGGAUGUAAUUAAUGAUAAUACACAAACAUUUUCUACCGGCCAAUCAGAAGCACCUGAAGCUACGGUGGACAUUAAUCUGCAUUACAUCACAUACGUUGAAGAGAAUGGUGAGAUAUUUGAGUUGGAUGGAAGAAAGCUAAGUGGGCCCAUUUCCUUAGGUGAAAGCGAUCCAACUGCCGCUGAUCUGAUUGAACAGGACAUAGUCAGACAAAGAGUUGCGUCAUAUAUGAAGAGUGCUGAUAAAGAGGAUGUAUUAAAUUUUGCCAUGCUAGGAUUAGGCCCCAACUGGGAAUGA